GUCUCCCCGGAGUGAGGAAGGAAGCCCCUACUUGGAAAUGUCGGAAACCUCCUUCUAUCCCUUUAAGAGGAAGGGACGCCCUUUGGGGAGGGGGGUUUCCUAGUUCACGUGAGGAUGAUGUCACAGCUCCUGGUGGAGGCGGGGAGGAGCCAGGUGCCUGCUGCAGUCUCCUUCCCCCCUUUCCCCCCACUUCCUUUCCGGGAGCCUGGCCCUUUAAGAAGCUCAGCCCAGAUUCUGGAUUCCUAAAUCCCAGCGCCCGCAUCACCUUGCUUCCCCCCACCUCCCGCGGCCCGGCCUUGCCUCCCGGACCCUGACCACCAUGUCGGCCGCUCCCGCUUACAGCGAGGACAAGGGCGGCUCCUCCAGCCUCGGGGAGCCCGAAUACGGUCACGACCCGGCCAGCGGCGGCAUCUUCUCCUCCGACUACAAGCGGCAUGAUGACCUGAAGGAAAUGCUGGACACCAACAAAGAUUCUCUCAAGUUGGAAGCCAUGAAGAGGAUUGUGGCGAUGAUUGCUCGUGGGAAGAAUGCUUCUGACCUCUUCCCAGCUGUGGUCAAGAAUGUAGCCUGUAAGAACAUCGAGGUGAAGAAGCUGGUGUACGUGUACCUGGUUCGCUACGCGGAGGAGCAGCAAGACUUGGCCCUGCUGUCCAUCUCUACUUUCCAACGUGGCCUAAAGGACCCUAACCAACUGAUCCGGGCGAGUGCCCUCCGAGUGCUCUCCAGCAUCCGUGUGCCCAUCAUCGUGCCCAUCAUGAUGCUAGCCAUCAAGGAAGCUGCCUCGGACAUGUCCCCUUACGUGCGGAAAACGGCAGCCCAUGCCAUCCCCAAACUGUACAGUUUGGACUCUGACCAAAAGGAUCAGCUGAUUGAAGUCAUUGAGAAGCUUCUGGCUGACAAGACCACGCUGGUGGCUGGAAGCGUGGUGAUGGCCUUCGAGGAGGUGUGUCCGGAGCGCAUCGAUCUGAUCCACAAGAACUACCGCAAGCUGUGUAACCUGCUGAUCGACGUGGAGGAGUGGGGCCAGGUGGUCAUCAUCAACAUGCUGACGCGCUACGCUCGCACGCAGUUCCUGAGCCCCAACAAGAACGAAUCUCUCCUGGAGGAGAAUCCUGAGAAGGCCUUCUACGGAUCGGAGGAAGACGAGUCCAAGGGGUCAGGGCCGGGGCCAGAGGAGGCAGCUGCUCCCCUGGCUGCCCGGAGGCCGUACAUUAUGGACCCCGACCACCGCCUGCUCUUGCGCAACACAAAGCCGCUGCUCCAGAGCCGCAGCGCAGCUGUGGUCAUGGCCGUCGCCCAGCUCUACUUCCACCUGGCCCCCAAGGCGGAGGUGGGAGUCAUCGCCAAGGCACUGGUGCGGCUGCUGCGGAGCCACAGUGAGGUCCAGUACGUGGUGCUGCAGAAUGUGGCCACUAUGUCCAUCAAGCGCCGGGGGAUGUUUGAGCCGUACCUGAAGAGCUUCUACAUCAGGUCCACAGACCCAACGCAGAUCAAGAUCCUGAAACUGGAGGUGCUGACCAACCUUGCCAAUGAGACUAACAUCCCUACAGUCCUGAGGGAAUUUCAGACCUACAUCCGAAGCAUGGACAAAGACUUUGUGGCAGCCACAAUCCAGGCCAUUGGCAGAUGUGCCACCAACAUUGGCCGGGUGCGGGACACCUGCCUCAACGGCCUGGUGCAGCUCCUGUCCAAUCGUGAUGAGCUUGUGGUUGCUGAAUCGGUUGUUGUCAUUAAGAAGCUGCUGCAGAUGCAGCCAUCCCAACAUGGGGAGAUCAUUAAACACCUGGCUAAACUGACGGAUAACAUCCAGGUCCCCAUGGCCCGGGCCAGCAUACUCUGGCUCAUUGGUGAAUACUGUGAACACGUGCCCAGGAUCGCCCCUGAUGUUCUGCGGAAGAUGGCAAAGUCGUUCACAGCAGAGGAAGACAUUGUGAAACUGCAGGUCAUCAACCUUGCUGCCAAGCUGUACCUGACCAACUCCAAACAGACAAAGCUGCUGACCCAGUAUGUGCUGAGUUUGGCAAAGUAUGAUCAGAAUUACGACAUCCGGGACCGAGCCCGCUUUACCCGUCAGCUCAUUGUCCCCUCGGAGCAGGGGGGCACCCUCAGCCGUCAUGCAAAGAAGCUCUUCUUGGCUCCCAAGCCUGCCCCUGUCCUGGAGUCAUCCUUCAAAGAUCGGGACCACUUCCAGCUUGGCUCCUUGUCUCACCUGCUUAAUGCCAAGGCCACUGGCUACCAAGAACUCCCAGACUGGCCUGAGGAAGCUCCUGACCCAUCUGUCCGAAAUGUAGAGGUUCCUGAAUGGACCAAGUGCUCCAACCGGGAGAAAAGAAAGGAGAAGGAGAAACCUUUUUACUCGGACUCAGAGGGAGAGUCAGGGCCCACGGAGUCAGCAGACAGUGACCCUGAGUCUGUGAGCGAGUCUGAGAGUAAGAGCAGCAACGAGAGCGGCUCAGGAACCAGCAGCGAGGAGGACGACGAGGAGGACCAGAGUGACGAGCAGGAGGCCGACGAGAAGAAGAAAGGGAGAAGAGGCGGCAAGGAGGCCUCCAGGGAGAGCGGAGAGAGUGACCAGAGUGAAGAGGAGCAGGAGAAGAAGGUAAAGAAGAAGAAGAAGGCACAUGAAAGGAAAGAGACAUCUGAGUCCUCAGAAGAGGAGGGAAGUGCUUCCGACAGCAGCUCGUCUGAAUCGGAGUCAGCCUCCGAGUCUGAGGAUGAGGAGGAAGAGGAGCAAGCAGAGCCUGACACUUGGAGAAGAAAGACACCUCCAAGUAGCAAGAUAAUCCCCAAAACCAAGGAGAUCUCCCUGCUUGAUCUGGAAGACUUUACUCCCCCCAGUGUUCAGCCGGUCUCCCCUCCAAAGGUCGUCUCCACCAGUCUAGUCACCGACCUGGAAGGCUUGACACUCACUGAUUCCUCGCCCUCGCUGCUCAGUCCUGUGAUGGGCCCUGGGAAGCGGCAGGAGCUGCUGCACCGGGUGGCCGGGGAAGGGCUGGCCGUGGAGUACGUGUUCAACCGGCAGCCCUUCCCUGGGGACCCGCACAUGGUGUCGGUGUGCAUCCACUUCUCCAAUAGCUCAGAGACCCCCGUGAAGGGUCUGCACGUGGGGGUGCCCCAUCAGCAGCCCGGCAUUUGCAUCCAGGAGUUCCCCGAGAUUGAAUCCCUGGCACCUGGUGAUUCAGUUACAGCCAUCAUGGGCAUCAACUUCUCUGACUCCACCCAGGCAGCCACCUUUCAGCUAUGCACCCAAACUCGACAGUUCUACGUCUCCAUCCAGCCACCAGUCGGGGAAUUAAUGGCCCCUGUGUUUAUGAGUGAAAAUGAGUUCAAGAAGGAACAGGCGAAGCUGACAGGAAUGAGUGAAAUCACAGAGAAGUUGACCUUACCGGACACGUGCUCAAAUGACCCUAUUAUAGUCCAGAGGAUUUCUGCUACAGCUAAUCUUGGCCGGAUACCCUGUGGGACUCCUGAUGAAUACAGGUUUGCUGGAAGAACGCUGACCAGUGGAAGCCCGGUUCUACUCACCCUGGAUGCCCGGGUGGCUGGAGCUGCUCAGCUAACAGUCAACAGUGAGAAGAUGGUGAUUGGCACCAUGCUGGUGAAGGAUGUUAUCCAGGCUUUGACACAGUGAUUCUAUGCACCUGCCUCAUUGGCUUCUCCCCUUUCCCUUGCCCCAAGCCACAACAUUGACCCCAUUUACUGCCUCCAUCCAAUCCCCACCCAAAGCUGCAGACUAGGCCCUGAAACUGUCUCCCUCCUCAAGCCCUGUCUCCUGCUGGUUCCACAUUCACUCCCAAUUCUGUCCUUGGUGAGGAACUCACUUUGCUGGUUAUGGACCUUCACUGUCCUCCCCAAGGGAGCCCUUAAGGGUGGGGAGGGAAAGGAGGGAGUGCAGCUGCCUCCCCUAGCCCAGAAUCCUUGUUUACUUAUGGAGAACCUCAAUAAAACUGCCUCCCUUCACCUA